UUGCGUGAACUUCAUCAACGAGAGAAGGAAUACAAAAAGACUGUUCUUAAUAAUUCUAAUAAAGGAACUCCAGAAGUUAUAUCAGAAAAAAUCAUUUACGAAAUAAAUACAAGCAAUGGAGUCUAUCAAGUGGAGCAUCCAAUAUCACUGCAGGUCAGUGGGCUUGAUAAACCAAAGAGAAAACGAGGCCGUCCACCAAAGAAACAGAAGACUGCCGAGGAGAUCACACAAGAAAUUCCCAAAACGGUAGAAGUAGAAGAUAAAACUGAUAAAGAUGACGAUGAACGUUCAGGGAAGAGGAGAAGAAAAACACCUACCAGGUUUAAGGAAGCUGUUCAGGGCAAGGAGCUGGAAAGAAUUUUCAUUGAAGAAGGCGUCAUAGAUGGUAAUGAGAGUGAUCACAACACAAAGGCUGAUAUUACACAGGAAAAUAAAUUACCAGUAAACAAAGAACCACAGGUUAUAGGGCAUUUAGAGGCAUCCGGGGAGCUUGUUGUGGUGGUGAAAGGCAAGGGAAGGGGUAGGCCUAAAGGUCGCACGCGUCAAACUCGCGAGCAAUGCGCUAUAUGUGGGCUGGAGUUUGCCGCGACUGGUCGCUACAUGUCCCACAUCGCUCAACACGGGCCGGUGCUGUACAAGUGUGACUGUGGUGAAACAUUCACUACCAAGUUACUGUUCUCCGAACAUCAGAACACAAGCGGUCACAGCGGGCGGACGGUGGUGCCGUGUAGAAACGAAGUUGAGGCUCAAAAAAAGUCCCAAAAGAAUGAAACCCCUUUGACUGAAUUGAUACCUGAGGCUGUAGAGGAUGUUGUUAAAGGAGACAUACAAAUACCUCAAGCAUUACCUGAUUUGAGUGAUCUGGACCCGCUGAAGUGUGAUGACCAAGUUAAGACUGAGAUGGUUAAAAAUGAACAAGAAAAACAUGAAAAUGAUUCACAGAAUAAUGAGUGUGAGACAGCUGAUGAAACUUUUGUGGAAGUACAAGACAGUAAGAAGGAGAAGGUCAAAAUAAAGUGCAACCACUGUGAUAAACUAUUUGGAACCCGGCAGAGCAAGUCCCUGCAUAUAAAGGCAGUCCACCUGGGUGAGAAGUCGUACGUGUGUCCGGAGUGCGGGUCCCGGUUCGCGUACCCUCGCUCGCUGGCCGUACACCGACAGGCUCACCGGCGGGCGCGGCCCUCCGCGGGGUACGCCUGCGACCUCUGCGGGAAGGUGUUGAACCACCCGUCGUCCGUGGUGUACCACAAGCAGGCGGAGCACGCGGCCCAGCGGUACGUGUGCGGCGCCUGCGGGAAACACUUCCGACACAAGCAGCUGCUGCAGAGACACCAGCUGGUACACUCGCAGGCCAGGCCCUUCUCUUGUAAGGUGUGUAACGCCACGUUCAAGACCAAAGCGAAUCUCCUCAACCAUCAGCUGCUACACUCCGGCGUGAAGAAGUUCUCUUGUGAAAUCUGCAAACAUAAAUUCGCACAUAAAACUAGUCUCACGUUACACAUGAGGUGGCAUACAGGUGUUAAGCCGUUCAGUUGCGGCGUGUGCGGUAAGAGUUUCAGUCAGAAGGGUAAUUUGUCUGAACACGAACGUAUCCACACCGGAGAGAAGCCGUACCAGUGUGCGUUGUGUCCUCGACGGUUCACGACCUCCUCCCAGCACCGCCUGCACGCCAGGAGACACGCAGAACGAACACACUGCUGCGGGAAAUGUGGGAAACGCAUGGCGUCUCGCAGCGUGUGGGCGGCACAUGUACGACGCGAUGACUGUACUUCACGACGAUUGUCACGACAGAAGGUGACCAAACAAAUAAGUUUAUUGGUAAACGACAAGAACCAUCAGCCGGUACAACUGGAUGACCCCAAGCUGACCGACGACAACACUGACGAGAGGGUCAUAUACGUGACCUACGAUACUGAGGACUCGGACUCCACCGCCUUCCAUAUACUGGACCCUGAACAGACUGCUGAUAUAGAACAGAACAAAGUGCUGACGACCUGCGAGCUGUACACGCGGCCGUCACUGCUGGUGUCGCAACAACUACAACAGAUACAGCUGGAGGCGGACUCGCAGCAGCUGGAGGAACACGAACAGCUGGAGCUGGACCUGGAGCACGAGCAGGUGAAGAUGGAGGACAACCAGCUGGAGAUAGAGGAGAUGGAGGAGAUAGAGGAGAUGGAAACGAGACCUGGAGUGGCAGGGGGACAGAGUAUACCGGUGACCGACGAGCGCGGUAACCCGCUACACUUCACUAUGGCUGACGGAACUAAACUAGCUAUCACAUCCGUGGACGGGAAGUCGCUGCAGGUGAUAACACAAGACGGCCAGACGAUACCGGUGGAAAUCAACGGAUACGACAACCAAGAUCAGGUGUCGAGCCCCAACACGGUGGUCCACCCGCUGCAGCUCCAGAAGUCUCCGCCGCCCGCGCCCGUCACUCACUACUUCACUAUCGUGUGA